CUUCCCCAUCGCGUCGUCGCCGUCAUGUUGGGGUUGGAGCUUGUCGCGCUUUCUGGAGCCGAUCUGUUCGCAAACAUAGCAACCACCUUUCACCUCAAAAUAAAUAACCGAGGUAGUGCGAGCUGGUGACCUCCAAUCUCUGGAAAGACCUUUCGUUUUUUUCCUUUUCCCUACCAUUUCCAGCGAGACUGGCAAAUGUUGUAGAAUCUCAGCACACUUUCCGCGGUCCCGAUCCAAUGACAUAGCUGCUCUCUCCCUGCGCUCGAUGCAAAAUGGCGGCGGUCAACGGCGACAGCGCUGCCAUGCUGGCGUCGAAAAUUCAGACGCCAAUUGCGCAACUCAAUCCUGAGUUGCCUGACCAGGCAUCGCGCGCUGUUCGUGGAGAGAUUACCAUUACAUGGCCCUACAACUCGGUCACCAAGAGGCUCGCCUUCCUCAUCGCGGAACCCGACGUACGUCUUCGUCGCGCCAAAGGACAAAUACGAAUAGAGCUCCAGGGCCCUAGUGCGAAAACCGCUUCUGAAUUGGGUCUGGGAGCCGGCGAUGAACUGCUGUUCAGCUUGGAUGGUGCCGAGUGGUCCAAGGAUGAGUCCCCGGGUCGCAUUCCCGGUGCGAGGGUCGAAUGGCAAUUGCAAUUCGAUCAGAACCUCAACCUCCAGGUCAAGUUCGGUGAAUCGGGCGAAGUAAAACACAUCAACAUUGACCAUCCCGCGCCAGAGCUGCCAGACGGCCAGGUGGCUGAUGCGCCGAUGGCAGCUACUCCUGACCCAGAGCCGAGCGUCCCCGAAAUCCCGACCACGGUUCGCAAAAUAUCAGAUCUCCCGCUGGAUGAAUAUCCCUCACCUGCCUUUGUCAAACGGGCUCGGCUUUCGUAUGGGACUCUGUUCGAGGGCGGUUUCGACAUCUUUGAGGAAGACGGUGGGAUCAAGCGCAAAGGCCGCAAGAGAACCAGAUUUGGGCGCGACAGCGGUGCAUGGCGCUACAGCAGCCAGUCACCAAACCGUGAGCCGACCUCACCUGGUCCGGACGCAAUGGAGGAGGAUGUGCCUAGAGAUGCGUCUCCCCAACCGUCACCGAAACCCCAGAUGAUGGACGAGGGCUGCCAGACAGUCGAGGUCGAUAUGCAGCAGGCUCCGGAUAUUGUCGAUGCCGUUCUCUCGCAGUUGGAGACGACGCCGACACCGGCCCCUCCACAACACUCGGCUGGCGCUGUGGGAGAAGAGAGGACCACGAUUCGUGGGGCUGAUAGGGUAUCCGUCAGCUCUGUCCCUGAAGAGGAGCCAAAUCCUGGGGUCUCAACGCAGAGACUUGCUCCAUUCCAGGACGAACCCCCCUCGACGUCAGGAUCGGAUCCUGACUUACAACGGCGCGAGCGUUCUCCGUCGAAAUCUGUAAAGGAGGGACCGGCCGCGGCGCAGCCGUCCACAACCGUUCUACGAACAAGUCCUCCAUCUAAAAGUGCCAGCGGGACUGUCGCAAGCACCCUGUCUGGCCCAAAGUCGUUGAGCUCCAGCUUCUUGUCCUUUGGCGCGAGUGCGCCCGCCCGAGUACAGUCGUCCCUGAGCCUAUCAGAUCAGGUCAGGUUCAGCUUUUCCCACAUCCCGCAAACUGCACGUUCUCCGUCUCCGGCAGUACCUGAACCUGCUCCGGAGCCAGAUCACCACGAGCAGGACCGGUAUCCGGCAUCCUAUCUUGACGACGCUCCAGCCCCAGCCAAGUUCGCCGAUAUGAACACCUACCUCAAUGCGGCAGAUGAGGAUAAUGAAAUGGUGGUACACGGCCAAACUGUGCCUCCACACCCACCUGCAGUCGAGCGCUUUGCUGACGGCCAGUGGGAGAUGUUGACGCAACCCUCGCAGUACAACCUCUUGGAGGGCGGUCAUUUCGACACGGAUGCCCUGGAAGAAAGGGCGAGGGUCAUGGCCGGACAGGCGUCGCUCCAUGCAUACACAGUGACUCCUGACAGGGCGCCAGACGGCUUUGCCAGCUACGGCCAUAAAGAUGUGUCCGAGAGACAUCAGGGGAACUCCUCACGCCAAGCACCCCUGCAUGAAGACGAGUCGCUUGUAGAGCAUAAGGACACAGUCAGUGGCGACGAGAUUGACGUUGACGAGGAGGAGGACGAAGAUGUGAAGUCUGAUGAGUAUGCAUAUGGAGAACAGAUCGAGGAGGGAGAUUAUGACCAGCGCAAUUAUGAGAACUACUCAGACGACGAGGAAGGCCUCUCGGAAGAGGAUGACGAGGUCGAGAUGGAAGCAGAAGAACGUUACGGCAAUGGAGAGAUGUACGAUGAAGAUGGCGAGGGCGAAGAGUGGGACGAGGAAGGAGACUACGAGAGCGAUGAGGACGAUUAUGACGAGGAGGAUGAAGAAAUGGAAGGCUAUCACCUUGGGAAACCUGCUGCGCCAGCGCCGUCGGGUGAGCCUGUCGUCAUCAGCCUCCUCUCAGACUCCGAGGACGAGGACGAGCCUUCCCCCGCCCCAAGGAAAUUCGAGCCUGUUCCUCAGCCAGCACCAGACCGCGAGACUCGAGCCAUUGGAGCCGAAAGCGUGUCAGAUGUUGCUGCGAGCGUUGCUGCAGACGAGCUCCUUCCGGAUGCAGAGGCGCCUUUACCGACCAUCCAGACGCCCGUCCAACAGGAGGCGGACAGACCAUCGACCGCUGCACAAGAACCGACCGUAGCGCAGCCGCCCCAGGAGGUACUUGACGCGGCCGAGGGCGAACCCGAGACCGCCCAUGCAGAGGCUGAGGACCAGGAGAAACCGGCAGACAAAACUGACAAUGCGGCCGCCGCCGCUGACAAGACCGAGGCCGACCUCUUGGCCGAGGCACGGAAACAUGCCCAGGAGCCGACCAAGUCAUCAACCGACGCGACCGCGCCGCCGGCGGAGCCCCAGCAGGCAACUGAUGACGACCUCCGGAUCGAUGGCAAAAGCCCUGACCAAUUGCAGAUUGUUCGAUCUCCCAAGUUAGCGACAGCUGACGCUCAAGACGGCGUCAUCCCGACUAACCUGCCUACCGUUGUGAGAUUCGACGAGGGCGUGUCUGAGGAUAAGCCAGUUCUGCUGUCUUCUCAGAUAGAAGACAUGGGGAAGCAGGGAGCGGGCGAAAUCGGCGAGUCUCUUGAGCAAAUGCGGGAGACGGAGAUAAUCCAGCGACACAGAAGUCCAGCAGCAGACGACGUUGAGGACGAAACGAUGAUUAUGGAACAGCUCACACAAGAACAACAGAACGCAGAAGCAGAGGGUCAAAUGCGCAGCCACUCCCCUUCUCCUGAUAUCAGCGUCCACCUCGCCCGGCAGGCCGUAGCAGCCAAGCGCCAUAAGAAGGCGCCCGAACCGAAUCGAACCAGCCCCAUAAUCACCCGCGCUCGCUCAAGCAGCCUCCGAUCGGACGCGACGCGCCACACCCCCGAGCGAGAGGAAGACGAGAGCGUGAACCUGGCGAGAGCAGCCCUCGCGUCGCCUUCCAAGCGCGAAGACGAAGAAGACAACUGCGUCAGUCUCGCGAGAGCAGCCCUUGCCUCACCGUCUAAGCACGGUGCCGUCGUCUUCGACGGCAUCGCAACGACCGGCCACCACCCUACUACCCAAACAAUCACCUCCCUCAGAGCAGACCUCACCAAGCGCCUGCGCAUCGACCUGCCGGAAUGCAUUCCGCUCAAGUCACUCGCCAAACACGUCGACAAGUUCUCCAACGCCAUCGCCGUCGUCACCUCCCAGCCGACGCAACCGACGCGUGCCAAGGGCGGACCCCGCGAGUACUUCAUGUCGUUCCAUGUCACAGACCCGUCGGCGGCGCCGUCGGCCAUGGUCGAGGUCCAGCUGUAUCGGCCGCACAAGGACUCGCUGCCGGCGGUGAAGCCGGGGGAUGUGGUGCUCCUGCAGCGGUUUCAGGUCAAGGCGCUGAGCAAGAAGGGGUGGGGGCUCAGGACGGGCGUGGAAAGCGCGUGGGCUGUAUGGGACGGAGGCCAUGGAGAUGGGAUUGGGGAUGUGGAUGCGGAUGCGGAUGGGGGGAGUCAGGCUGCGGCUGCUGCUGCUGCUGCGCCGCAAAUCAGGGGGCCGCCUGUUGAGGACUGGGAGGGGUAUGUGGAGUAUGUGAGGAUGUUGCGGGAGUGGUUUGUGUUGGUCAUGGGGGAUGAGGGCUUGAGAGGGAAGUUGGAGAGGGCGGAUCGGAAACUAGUGGAGGCGGGCGGCGGCGGUGGGAGGUGAGAUGAUUUUUUGUGGGCAGGAAUGGAUGUUCCUGUCUACCUCUCCGGGGAAGAGGAUCAAUCUUUGGAGGCGUUCGUUGAUCAUGGCGGUGGCAUCAUUUAGCAUUUAGCAGGUCGUGGCAUCCGGAACGGCUGGGCGACAUGGCUGGUACUUGACUGGUUCGACGGGUGCUGGAUGGCUCGCAGCGUACGUAGUGCGGGAGAUGGUCGUCGAUUUGCAAUCUAGCUAGCUGGCAAGAUGAAAAUCAGGGACUGCUCUUCCUGACCAUUUGGGUGGAAGCGGGACUGGAGCCUGUACAAGUACAAUCCAACCCUGGUUUGUUUGCCAGUGGAUGACCUGAGGAAGGUAAACAGGACAGAAUGUAAGGCUUGUAACAUUAUACGCUC